GUCUUACCCAAAUGUAAGAUGGUGGCCCGUCUGGCUGUGGAACCCACCGAAAGCUGAGAGUCUCCCUCUCAGCCGUAAAGGUCGGACUCGCUGAAGCAAUCAGGCCCGGUUCUGAAGAGUUUUCUCCCCGACACUCGUUCAGUGGUCUCUUGUGAGGACGCGGCAGCGCGCGGAGUCGUCUAAGGGAAAAGCGAGGCAAGGCAGGCGGGUCUUCAAAGUUCUAUAUUUUAGCUCUCUGUGCUGAACUUCCUUCUCCCUUAAAUUAUUAUAAACUUCUGCUGCUGUUUAAUAAACGUGAAGAUGUCUCGCAGUCCUGAUGCGAAGGAAGACCCUGUGGAAUGCCCUCUUUGCAUGGAGCCCUUGGAGAUAGAUGAUAUCAACUUUUUCCCUUGCACCUGUGGCUACCAGAUUUGCCGAUUUUGUUGGCAUCGAAUUCGCACUGAUGAAAAUGGGCUUUGUCCUGCAUGUAGAAAGCCAUAUCCAGAAGACCCAGCAGUUUAUAAACCACUCUCCCAGGAAGAACUGCAAAGGAUAAAGAAUGAGAAAAAACAGAAGCAAAAUGAGAGAAAACAGAAAAUAUCAGAGAAUCGCAAACAUCUGGCUAGUGUGCGUGUUGUACAAAAAAACCUCGUCUUUGUUGUAGGUCUGUCUCAGCGCCUGGCAGACCCAGAGGUUUUAAAACGACCAGAGUAUUUUGGGAAGUUUGGUAAAAUACACAAAGUUGUCAUCAAUAAUAGCACUUCAUAUGCAGGCUCACAGGGUCCAAGUGCCAGUGCUUAUGUAACCUAUAUCCGGUCAGAAGAUGCCCUCAGAGCCAUACAAUGUGUCAACAACGUGGUGGUAGAUGGCAGAACACUUAAGGCAUCUCUAGGUACAACAAAAUACUGCAGUUAUUUCUUAAAGAAUAUGCAAUGUCCAAAACCUGACUGCAUGUAUCUACAUGAAUUGGGAGAUGAGGCGGCCAGCUUCACAAAAGAGGAAAUGCAGGCGGGUAAGCACCAAGAAUAUGAACAGAAGCUCCUUCAAGAAUUAUAUAAGUUAAAUCCUAAUUUUCUUCAGCUGUCUACGGGUUCAGUUGAUAAGAAUAAGAACAAAGUGACACCACUGCAGAGGUAUGAUACCCCCAUUGACAAACCUUCAGAUUCUCUCAGUAUAGGGAAUGGUGAUAAUUCCCAGCAGAUAUCUAACAGUGAUACGCCUUCACCACCACCUGGGUUAUCAAAACCCAAUCCAGUCAUCCCCAUCAGUUCAUCAAAUCACAGUGCACGUUCCCCUUUUGAAGGGGCAGUAACAGAGUCACAGUCAUUGUUUUCAGACAAUUUUCGCCAUCCCAACCCUAUUCCAAGUGGGCUUCCUCCUUUCCCCAGCUCUCCACAGACAUCUAGUGACUGGCCGACAGCACCAGAACCACAGAGUCUCUUCACAUCAGAAACAAUACCAGUAUCAUCCUCUACAGACUGGCAAGCAGCAUUUGGCUUUGGUUCUUCUAAACAACCAGAGGAUGACUUGGGGUUUGACCCCUUUGAUGUCACUCGAAAAGCCUUAGCAGACCUAAUUGAGAAGGAACUAUCCGUCCAAGACCAACCUUCCCUUUCACCUACAUCUCUCCAGAACUCCUCUUCACACACUACAACCGCCAAAGGCCCAGGCUCUGGAUUUCUGCAUCCUGCUGCACCUACAAAUGCCAACUCUCUAAAUAGUACCUUUUCAGUCUUGCCACAGAGGUUCCCUCAAUUUCAACAGCACCGAGCGGUUUAUAAUUCAUUCAGUUUUCCAGGCCAGGCAGCCCGCUAUCCUUGGAUGGCCUUUCCACGCAAUAGCAUCAUGCACUUGAACCACACAGCAAACCCCACCUCAAAUAGUAAUUUCUUGGACUUGAAUCUCCCGCCACAGCACAACACAGGUCUGGGAGGGAUCCCUGUAGCAGGGGAAGAAGAGGUGAAGGUUUCGACCAUGCCACUGUCAGCCUCUUCCCAUUCAUUACAACAAGGACAGCAGCCUACAAGUCUCCACACUACUGUGGCCUGACAGCAGAACUGAAAGGAGAGGAUUAGACUCUGGGGUGCUUGCAUGGGCAACCGGAUUUUUGCAUGAUUCCUUUCUGAUUUUGCAUUUAAUGUAUACACCCAAAAGAGCCAAUAUAAACGUUCCUCAUGCCUACAACUAGUGUGUUACUUCAUAGCUGCUAAAGUAUUUCAUUAGGCCUUUAACGAAAUUUAUUAGCAUAAUAAUUUUGGCAUUGUUUCUCAUAAGUGAUGCUCUUUUUAACUUAAAGAAAUAAACUUGUAGUACUAAUUAAGAUCCCAGAUGAGAUUAGCUAGAAUUGUUCUUAUUUUGGCUCUAUUAUUAAAAAUAUACAAAGGUAAUGGUAGAUCCUUGUUUUCUGAUUUGUGAAAAAAAGUAAUAUUCUUCUGAAAAAUUUAGAAAUUAAGAAAAUAAUGUCUGUUGCAUUUUUUGAAUACUUGAGAAGAAAGAAUACAUAUAAAUCAAAAUUGAUGGUGUCAUUUAAUUCUUAGAAGGAUGUUGUCUAGAUUUAUAUCCUUUAUUAUGCAUUGCAUAUAUAGAAACUGUUGUGUUCUCAUUUGCACAUUUGCACUUUUUUUGAAUGCUUGUUAAUUAUACAUAGAUGGUUAAAAGAUAAUUAUUAUAGCCUAAAUGCAAUAUAAUCUCUUUUCUAAUGCACUGCCUAGUAUACCAGGAAAUGCCUCAAAAACAGAUAUUCAACUUACAUAGUUGAGUCAUCAGAAACUUGAAUAUGGCAUAAACAUUGUGUGUGAGAAGUAAACGUAGUUCCACAUUUUUCCUGAACAACAGUAAUUCUGUGUUGUGUCUGUUUGGAAAUUUCAUUGUUUAAUAUUGAAGUGUGAUAAUAAGACUGUAUUAUUAGGUACCUGACCAGAUGAGAGUAAGGUGGAAGAGAUUGGAUGUCUUCUAAAAUUAGGUCACAUAAGUUGUAAUAGGUAACUUGGGUUAAUCAUAGUAGACAGUGGAGUACUUUAUUGGGACAUAAUGUGAUGUUUUUGAUAAUAGAAAAUUUUUUGAAAUAGUUUUUAAACUGAUGAAGCAAAGAAACUCAACUUAGUUCUGAGCACUGGGCAAAUGCUGAUUCAGAAAACAUGAAUUCUGCCUAAAUGAAGCACCUGUGAAGAAAGGGAAAGUCAGACCUCUUCAGAUUUGAAAAAGCAAUUGUGAUAAAAAGUAUGAUUCAGUUUGUAAAGAAAAAACAAAAGGGGUGAUGUGAAUACCAAAAUUAAGCUGACUUAAUAAUAAAAUACCUUAUUAGGAGCUGAUAUUAUUGUCAUAUUGGGUUGGAAUUUUCAAGAUUACUUCUCUAUAUAAAAUCUGUUUGCUUUCUAUUAAAUAUAAUUGCAAUGAUUAAAUGGCUUUAUCCCGAGGUAUAGUGAGGUAAACUGAAUCUUUUUGUAGGUAUUCUUAGCUUUGGUUAACUGGGUGCAGAAACAGCCAGUUAAUUUUUGAGUUAUUAUUGUAAAAUUCAGCAUAGAUAUAAAAGCUUUUUAAUGACAUUGUAAGAAAAUAGUCAAUUUAGAAGGUAUCAAUAAAAUAGCAUAGAUUUAUUAACCACCAGCCUUUAAUCAGAGCCUAAUUUAAUUAUGGAUUUCAGUUUUGCUCUUAAAGCCCAAUAUUAAUUUAUGUCUCCUUGGGCCUAAGGCUCCUGGGCUUUGUUAACAAACUUUGGCUGCUUGUAAUGAUGCUUAGUAGCGGGUAGUUUUCUCCAGCCUUCACUGUAAGCCUUUCAUCAUCUGGAUCUUCUUACAAAGUCACAGCAGAUAGUUAGCUCCUGUUAUUCACUUCUUUGUACUUGUCAAACAAGGCUUCUUUCCAGGUUGUUCUCUCUGUCUUUUCUCAUUCAUGCCUCUGUAGAAAGGCUGUCAAGUAGUUUGCCCAGUCCUGCCAGGACCCCAGGUAGUAUCUGUCUUCCUGCCUGCUUCCUUCCAGGCACAGCAGAGAGUCAAGAAAGUGCUCCUUGAGCAAUUAGACUUCAACUUCUCAGUUUCCACCUAGAGUGGAUGAAGGUGAUCUUUUAACUCACUUUGUAAUUAAGCCUCAUGUUUUUGCCUAAUAUUUCAUUUUAGUUGUUUAAGUCUGCAAAUCAUAGUAUUAAUUAAUUUUACACAAAAGCAUAGAAGAAAUUACUCAGCACAUAAAAUAAAGUAUCAUUUCACAUUGUCAUCAAAUUCAAACCAAGAUACUGAUAAAGAUUGAGACGUUUAAUAAAUUAGCUUCAGAUUUGCUUUUGAUAAAUUCCCACAUGAUCCAUCUUGUAAAAGGGAAACUUUAUAUACUUACAUCUGUGACCAUUAUAAAGUGACAUACUGCUUCCUUAACAGGAAUUUUUAACCUGGAGACUAUAACUCUCAAAAGUACAUGCAAACCUGUGGGUUUAUGGGCAUGUAUGGACGUCUGUUUCUUCUCCAGUGAGAAGACCCAUAGUUAAUAGAUUUGUAAAGGAUUUGGUGGCACCCUCUACCCUGAAUUAAAAAAAAAAAAAAAUCUUGAAAUGUUUUU